AUGACGGUGUCUGCUGUUCCAGAUGUGUGCACGCUCGUGUGGCCAUUCUUGGGGGAUCAGGAGGGUGCAAGUGGUGAGGACAUCUGGUUGAUUGGGUGGAACCCGCGGGGGUUGGUGGUAGUAGUUGUCACGAUUGUGCAGAGCGCGGCGAUUGAGGAUGCCCAGCAGACGCUCGAGCAGAUUAGGAGACACGCAGAGGGCGGUAGCGGCGGCGCAAGCAGCAGGAGUAGCAGUGAGCACCGUGGGCCACAGCGUAGGGACGUUCCCAGUUCCGCGUCUCUGUCGGUGCUCGGUCGCCUACGCAGCCCACAAGCAACGCCGCGUGUGUCAUCCGACAGUGUGAGUGAGCGCGCCGAUGUGUGGGUGCGCAACGAGCGGCAGCUGAGCGACAUCUGGUUAGAGUUGAAUCGUGGGCCCUUGCUCAACCAAGUGUGGUGCUGCGGUUACCACGUGCUACCUUGUCACCUCCAUGUCAUUCGUACCGAUCCACACGUGCGCUAUUCCGCCACGCCAACGGCGUUUAGUGUCACCGCGCGAUUUGGCUGCUGUGGUAUUGCUGCCCUGCAGCAGGGCGCAGUGCCCCUUUGUACCCUGGGGUCGCACUCGACACUGGAGGGCGUGCUUCUGCCACCACACAUGAUAGCCUUGGCUGGUCCGUGCACGAGGGUGGAGGAGGAGUUUGAUGGUCAGUCCCAAACACGCAGCUUCAUUAGGCGCGUGAAGGAGGACACAUGGGAUAGCAAUGCCUCCAUAGAUGACAUUCCCAGCAAUAAUGACGGCAGUUUAACGCGGCGAGAUCGGGAUAAAGUUGAGCAAGUCGGCCUCAUGUUGGAACUAGAGGAGCAUGAUUCACCAUCACCGCUUCUAUCAUCACCGCUUAUGGAGUUACCACCGAGGUUGGAUUUUCCCACGAGUGUAGACUGCGCGGAGCUGAGCCUUCUCCUUCGCGCCAACAACUGUGGUCGGGCUCUCCGUGAGUCCGUCGAAAAUUGUGGGAAAGAAAGUGGAAACAGCAAUAGUAAGAAAUCCGGAGAAUAUACAUCGAGCAAGCGGUCUUCAUGGGAGAACCAUUUACAAACGUUCAUUAGUAUGAUAAUGAAAAUGUUGCUCUUCACACUAGUGGUACUCACAUGGCUUGGAAAACUUUCAUGUACUGCUGCUUUGUUGGAGUUUCGACUCCGCGAAAUCAUCAAUUGGCUCGCGCUUCUCCAGGGCCGCACGCGUGUCUGUGGACUUCAUCCUGUGUUGCCUCAUAUGCAACACGAGGACCCUUCGUUUCAGCGUUUCUGUGCUGUUAACUUCCUUUCACGCCUCGUUGUCGACGGUCUCCUGGGAACACUUGUGAGUCUUCUUCUUGCCAUUGGUGGAAACGCCCUGAUUGACAAGUCAGGGAGCUUCUGCAGGUAUUUUCUUUACGAUUUGCAUAUGGGGUACAUGGACUGGUUUGAGGGGUGGCCCGCCGGUCUCAAGAUGAAUGAGGACCUCAACAUGACUCUGUGUUUCUUCGCUAAACUGGUCCUGACGACGAGAUUGGACUUUCUUGUGAACUUCAACUGGGUAGAGCUCGUAUACAGGCUGUUGGUGUACACUGCCCCGUUUGGCGCUAGCUGUGCCUUUGCACUCGUCUCAGAUAUCUGUGUGCUAGUCUCUCUGCACCUGCUGUUGUUAUUCUAUGUCAUCAUGGGGCCGUAUCGUGUGAUGCGGUCCAUGAUGGGGAGUCUUUUCCUGCAGUUCCGCGGCAAGAAAUACAACCCGCUGCGGCGACGCAUCGACGCCUACGACUUUGAUGUGGACCAAAUGUUAAUGGGUACCCUUCUCUUCACAGUGACAGUCUUCCUCUUCCCGACGCUCGCGGUGUACUACCUCUACUUUGCACUCGUGCGCACCUCCAUCUGGCUGGUGCAGGAGGGACUCAUCACCACCGCCCACCUGACGCUGUACCUGCCGGUGUUUCCCGUUAUCUACUGGGCCAUGUACCGGUGGCAGUGGCCCGGCGGCGUAGCCAUCACGGCACCAAAGCUGACGCGUGCGCGGCACCACUCAAAUGCCGCAAGCUCCUCCGCCCGGGCGUCCACAACGGUGGAGGUUACGGUGCUGUCCAAGCCACUGGAGCUGCGUAUAUUAUUGUCAGACUUUCUGUUGGUGCUCAACAAUCUCGCGAAGCUGCGUCCUUUCCAUAUGAUGAUGGUCAUCUACCACGCACAGGUGUGGGAGAGCACGAAUCCGGUGGAGCGCCUCAUCCCGCACCUACAAAAGGACUGCAUCCACGCGAGCGUUCAGGUGAGGCCACCGCCCGCAACAGCAGCAGGAACAGCAACAGCAACAGCAGCAACUGCCACGACACCAGCGUCCACGGCAGCAACGGGGGCCCCACCGCCGCGGUCUCGGUAG